AGUCUGAUUUUCUAGUUUCUACAACCAAACAGCCCAUUCACAUUUUUCAUACAGCUCUAAUCAGAUGAUCGAGAUCAGAAAGUGUUGAAGAUCCUUCUUUUUUACCCUGCGCUAUAAACCCGCCUCCACGUUAUACUCCUGACGGGAUAUUUUUUGUAAUAUUCUCAUCCUAAUCUGUCUCCUGCAUCCAUCUCCCCCCAUGAAUGGUCCAUCCCUGGACGACGCGGGCGAUACGGAAAUGAGCGGGGCCACGGGUGCUGCGGCGGCCGCGGCGGCGGCGGCGCUGGCCGCCAACAACAACAGCACCAACACCCGAAACUUCCAUCGUCUGCACAAGUUCAUCUACCGCUACAGUCGGCUGGGCCGGGUCGAUCUCAUCAAAGCCCGUAUUGCCCAGCAGGAUCUCACGCCGGAGGAGAUCCACGAGUGUGUAUCGCUGAAUCCCCACGGUGAAUCCUGUCUGGUGUCGGCCGCCCGGCAGGGACAUCUUGAUGUGGUCAAGUUCCUGGUGGAGGAGGCCCGUGUCAAUGUCGAGCAACGCGGGACGGUGCAGUUUGAAGGCGACAAGGUGGAGGGUGCGUCAGCGCUGUGGUCAGCGGCGGCGGCGGGCUUCUUCGAGGUGGUCCGCUACCUCGUGAUGGACUGCCAGGCCAACGUCAACGGCGUCACCUCCACCAACUCCACCCCCCUACGCGCGGCCUGCUACGACGGCCGGAUGCAGAUUGUCCGCUUCCUGGUGGAGCAGGGCGCCGAUCUGGAGAUCGCCAACCGGCACGGCCACACGUCCCUCAUGAUCGCCUGCUACCGCGGCCACAUCCAGAUUGUCAAGUAUCUCCUGGAGAAGGGCGCCACCGUCAACCGGAAGAGCAUUAAAGGCAACACCGCGCUGCACGACUGCGCCGAGUCGGGUCACGUGGACAUUAUGCAGCUGCUGAUGCUGCACGGCGCCCACAUGGAGAAGGACGCGUACGGCAUGACGCCGCUAGUCUCCGCCGCCGUGGUCGGCCACCGCAACGUGGUGGAGUUUCUCAUCUCCGGCCGCACGGCCACCAGUCUGGAGGAGCGCGUCAACGCCCUGGAACUCCUGGGCGCCACCUACAUUGACCGCAAACACAACCUGAUCGAGGGUCUGCGGCUGUGGGAGCGCGCCAUGGGGCUGCGGUACCCGGCCACGGAGAGCGGCGGCGCCGGUCUGCCCAAGGUGGUCAAGGUGUCGCCGGUGGCCGCCAUGCUGAACACGAAGGAGUUCUCUACGUUGGCCGAGGUGCGCCUGAUGAGUGAGGACCCUAAUGAGGUACGCGUGCAGGCGCUGCUGGUGCGCGAGAGGAUUCUGGGCGCGGCGCAUCCGGAGACGAGCUAUCUGCUGCGGUAUCGAGGCGCUGUUUUCGCGGAUCAAGGCGACUUCCGGCGCUGUCUACAGCUGUGGUCGUACGCCCUGGAAGUGCAGCUGCAGAACCUGGAGCCGCUGAACCCCAUGACGGUCUCAUCCUUCGUCUCCUUUGCCGAGCUCUUCUCCUUCAAGGAGACCCAGCAGACCCUCCAGGGCGUGCAGAACAUCACAUGGGCCGACUUCAAGAUGGUCUUGGACAAGAUCUUCAUCGAGAUUAUGCGCGGCCACAGCUUACUAAGCGCCGAUGGUGCUGCCGCCGCCCACAGCCGCGACCUCAACUCCUUCGACCGCAUCCUGGUGGUGUGUCUGCAUCUCGUGUCGCUGUUCGUCCGGAUGCGCAGCAGUGUGGAGCCGGAGCUGGUGCGCGACAUCACCACCAAGGUGUACUACCUGAUGAAGAUUAAUCCGCGCGGGAAAAGCCAGCGGACACUGCUGCAUCUGGCCUGCGCGAAAGAAUCCACCAAUCUCGGUCCGUACCGGGCGUUCAGCUUCCCGUGUAAGGAGACGAUUGGGUUUCUGGUGGAGAUGGGCGCGGAUAUGAACGCGCAGGACGCCGAAGGGAAUACGCCGCUGUGCACCACCGUGCAGCAGUAUCCGGUGAGUAAUGAGCUGGUGGCGCUCAUGCUGGCCAACGGGGCGCAUAUGGAUAUUGCCAAUAAGGACCGGUUGUCGGCGCUCAAGUUUCUCAAGAAGAAUCCGAUGGUGUACAGCGCCGAGUACUUUCCGCAGCUGCGCUGUCUGGCUGCGCAGGCCGUACGGGGAUGCGGCCGGAAGUACGAGGGGGUGGUGGGGGAGCGCCUCCGGAAGUUCAUCGAUUUACACUGAUAUUCGCGAAUUCUGGUGUGGGAUGUUUCUCUGUGGAGGGAGAUUUUUAUUUUCGCCGGAUUUAUCUUUGAUACAUUGGUGGCACGGGACGGAUUUCGGAGGAUGGGGAUUCUCCGUGGGGCCGGGGGAUUUUUGUUUUUGAUUUGUUUUGCGGGCGGGGACGGUGAAGAUUUAAUUUUUUUUCUCUCUCGUGUUACUGGUUGUUGGAUGUAUUCUCUAUGCUGUAAGAGAUUUUAUUGGUAACAGAUGUGUAUAGAAACGCUGAUAUUUUCAUUGUAUAUGUGUGAGUGUAUUUAUUGUGGUGUGUGUGUGGUGGAAUUUCUAAACCCGAUAAUUAACUGCUUUCUUCUCCGACGCUGUUGUAUAUUAAUUUUUUCCUCUACCGGCGGCUGAGUAGUCAUUGUAGAGUUUUCUGUAUGGGAAAUUGGGAAUCUGGCGGAAGUUGUCUGAGUAAAUUUCUUGAACUGCAA